CAUAGGUUUUGUAGAGCUGUUUCAUUCGCGAUAGUAAUGACGAGAACGAAGCAGUCUAAACGAAAACCCUCAAAUCAGGAGCCGCCUGCAACUCCCAAAAUCCACAAAAAAAUUAAGAAGCAGAAGAAAUCCAAGCCCCCUAAACCCGUAGUCCAUGUUUCUGAAUCUGGUUCGGAUUCAGAUUCAGAUUCAGUUCCAGCUUCCGAUCCCAGCACCGAAAUCCAAACCCUACUAGAACCUUUCUCCAAGGAGCAGCUCAUCUCUCUCGUAAUCGAGCUCUCCUCUUCCGACGACAACAUCUUCUCCCUCGUCAAAGCCGCCGCCGACCAGGACAUCGGCCACCGCAAAAUCUUCAUCCACGGCCUCGGCUGGGACGCUACCCGCGAGUUAGUCGAGUCAAUUUUUGGGGCUUACGGCGAAAUUGAGGAUCUUAAUGUGGUGGCUGAUAGGGAAACCGGAAAAUGUAAGGGUUACGCUUUCCUCACCUUCAAAUCAUUCAAAUCUGUGAAAAAAUUGUUGAAAAACCCUAGGGUUCAGGUGGGGAACCGUUUGACCUCGUGCCAGUUGGCGUCGGAGGGCCCACCGGGCCCUGCCGCCGCCGGGAUUGUUUCGCAGAAGCAAUUCUCCGCGUCGGAUUACCCGCAGCGGAAGAUUUAUGUGAGUAACGUGCCGCUGAAUGCUAGCCCGGAGAGGCUGCUGGCUUUUUUUGAAAAAUUUGGGGAAAUUGAGAGCGGGCCGAAAGGGAUGGAUCCGGAGACGGGGAGAUUCAAAGGCUAUGCGAUUUUCGUGUUUAAGACGCCGGAGGGGGCUAAGAAGGUGUUGGAGGAGCCGGUUAAGUUUUUUGAAGGGGGUCAGCUGCAUUGCAAGAAGGCGGCGGAGGGGAAGGGCCAGGUGGCUAGUGGAGCAGCGUCGAUAACGACUGCUCUGCAACCGGUGCAGCCGCAGAUGCUGGCUGCGGUGGCGGCGGCUCAGCAGGUGCAGAAUAUGGCUUUGCUGGGGCAGCAGGCGGGGCUUGUGAAUCCCUUGUAUGGUGGUGGAUUGAUUGGUAAUGCGAACUUUGGUGCGUCUAUGGGUGGGUAUUAUGGGAUGCUCGGGGGUGGGCAGGGCUUGGGGUUAGGGGCCUAUGGUGUUUCUGGUGGUGGAAAUAGUGUUCCGGGAUUAGGUUCCUAUGGAGUUUCUAGUGGUGGCAAUAGUGUGCCGGGAUUAGGUUCCUAUGGAGUUUCUAGUGGUGGCAAUAGUGUGCCGGGAUUAGGUGCCUAUGGCGUUUCUAGUAGUGGCAAUAGUGUUCCGGGAUUAGGUGCCUAUGGUGUGUCUGGUGGUGGCAAUAGUGUUCCGGGAUUAGGUGCCUAUGGUGUGUCUGGUGGUGGCAAUAGUGUUCCGGGAUUAGGCGCUUACGGUGUAUCUGGUGGUAGCAAUAGUGUUACGAGUGGGGCGAUGCUUCAGGGAUUGCAAUUUGCUUAUCCAGGUUUGCAGAAUGGACAAUCUUCUUCUACCUUGCCUAAGACUCCGGGGGCUGGUGGAAGCAGUUACUCUAAAAAACAAUGAUGUAUGAUGACGUAGAUGAACAAACAGAAGUUGGUAAAUUUCUAUUACCAUUUUGUGGGUCAGGGUUUGACUCAUUGAAUAUGGUAUCAGUUUUGUGCUAUAACUUUUAAUUUUCUCCUAGUAUCAUUUCUCUUUUUAUUUUUACUAUUUAAUGAACCUUUUAGAGAACCUGGUGUGCUACAGUCCAGCAUUUCUUCAUACUGUAUAAUUUCUUCUGGAUUUGUUUACUACUAUAUGUGUUCAACUUUAAGUUUGUUCUGUCACUAUUGUUUCAUUUCAUAUGUUUCUUUUAAUUCUAGUAAGUAUAUGUGGAUGCAUAUCCUUACAUAUUUUAGUUUUUUCUUUCUUAUUUCUUUUAUCUGAUUUGUUUUCUUAUACUUAUUUUUGUGUUGAUCCGAGAAAGUUAGUUGCACAAUGUUUUUGGAUCUCUAUUCCCUUUCACCUUGUAUUUUCAAGACAAUUCUUUCUUCUGUAGUAUAAUUUUAGCCCUCUGUUGAAUGACCACAAUUUAGUUUAUGGGAGAAUACAUUGUUUUACCCGUUUUUCACUCAACCUUUCAUCCAAUUCAUAAUCUUUAAACUUCAAAUCACUUCUAAACAUGUAUACCUUUUAUGAAACAUUCCUAACUCUGGCUACCCAAAGAUGGAAAGUUUCAGGAUUAUCUUCAUUGAAAUGUUGGUUGUUUUCCCUUCAGUUAGUAGCUCUUAAAGUAGUUUGUUAUAUUUUACAAUGGUUACAUAAUUUUGUUUCCGUUUUCUUUGCACUUUCUAUAUAUAUCUUGUCUAUGGACCGAGAAUUAUUUGAAGUGUUGCUUUAAUGACAGAUAACUUCAGCUGUUAAAAACUCUUGCUUUAUUUAUGCAACUGUAUGUCCAUAAUCAGCGACAGUGAAGCUCCUGAGGCAUUUUCAUUGAUUAAGUUUUACCUUUUCAAUACCUUUGAACAUAUUUGAAGGAUUAUUUUGCAAUUGUUUCUUUACCUGGAAUUUCUUGUAUAGAUCUUGCCAGGGGACAUUUGUUUGACAUCAAGUAUUGUCUUCCUGGGAAAAUGCUUUUCUGUAACUAAAACUCCAAGAUGUGGAUUCAAUGAUAGACAAACAUAUCUGCAAACUUUCAUUUGCAGUUUUUCAUUCAACUUCUUAAGGCAAUUUCACAUUUACAGUUUCUACUGGAUCUACUUUGAACAACAUAUCAUGUUUUUCAGUGACCUUGUUCGAUGAUUAUUUACCGUUGCCCUCUUUUGUGGCUUUCAUUUCUUUUCUGUGUUAAUGGCAUAUGUUUACAAAUUAACUCUUGCUUCAAAUCAGCUGAGCUACACUACAGUAUUCUGGGAUGGAUUACUUCUUUGUUUGCUUUUUCCCUUGUUUCUUACCUUCGAGAUAGUGAUUGUUACAGAUAGUCUCAAGAGAUCAAUGAGCCACUCAUUUCUUUGCUUUUAAACCAUUUUCUUUUGGAUGGGGAUUUAUAAAUAUUCUUUCUUUUGUAUCUUCCAUUUGCUUUCAUAUUAUCUUCUUGGUGUGUAGUUUGAGGUAGUAAGUGAUGAUUACUGCUCUGGACUUGGAUUUGGGCAUUUUCAGCUCAUUUCUGUUUUGCAUAAUUUUCACUUAUCUGAUGGAGGGAAAAAGGUUUAAAAUCUUCUCAUGGCAAUCGGUACUGUAUGAUGAAUUUCUGGUGAUCGAUUUAAUGAAUUGCCAGUCACCGUGUGAAGGCUGUGCGAGUCGGUUUACUGGACUUCUUCCUCAUGUAAGGUUUGGUUUUUCCUUGAUGAAUUGAAGUAUGCUGGCCUCUUAGUAUUACAGUUGUAAGGUGGUAUAUGUAUCAAAUUCAGGGUGAAAAGAGGCAUAAGUCAUGAGCAUAUAUCACAGUUGAAGCAGGGUGAUGACUGAAGUGUUUAUGAAUGUAUAGACUUCAUGAGCCACGCAUACUUGUCGUCUUCUUCUUCUUCGCCUACAUCUUCCUCGUCGUCAUCUUCUCCCACUCCAUUAGGGCUGCCUUUUUUGUUAACACCAUCGUCAUCAUCUUUGUUAAUACCAUCGUCAUCAUCUCCUCUUAACUGAUGAUGCCUCAUCAAUAGCUUCAUGUAUUUCUUCACAAGAAAACGGAUUGUGUAAGAUUUUGAAGUUAUUACUGACAAACAAGGAGACACGUUAAUUUCAAA